AUGGUGUCCUGGGCUGUCACCGGCGCAACGCGAGGCAUCGGCUUCGGCUUCGUCGAUAAUCUUUCUGCCGAUCCGGAGAACCAAGUGUUUGCCAUCAUUCGAAGUCGAGGAACUGCCGGUCCGCUUGAGGAGCUUGCUGCAAAGCGCAAAAACAUCCACAUCGUCGUGACCGAUAUCUCCGACCCGAGAAAAUUGCAACAGGCUGCCGCUGAAGUCUCCAAUAUAACGGCCGGUUCGCUUGAUGUUUUGAUUCUCAAUGCCGGCUCCGCAGGACCAGAGACCAGCGUGCUACCGCCAAGUGCUUUUCAUGGGAAGGAGGAAGCGCUGGAAAAUGAGAUCAAUGAGAACGUCAAAAACAAUGUUAUCAGCAAUAUUUUUGUGAUAAACAGCUUCCUCGAUCUCGUUCGUAACGGCAAAGAGAAGAAAGUCAUAUUCAUUUCCAGUCAGAGUGGAGAUGUUGAAUUCACUCGCGUCACCGGCUUUGCUACCGUGCUGGGGUAUUCUGCCAGCAAGGCUGGCAUGAACCUCGUCAUGAGCAAGUUCGGCGUUGAACUGGCCCAAGAGGGCAUCAAGACACUGUCAUUGAGUCCAGGGUGGGUGGACACAGAUGCUGCUAGAGCCGUCACAGGCGACCCGGCUGUACGUAAAUUCGUGCUAAGUGCAUUUCGAAAGCUUAGCCCGAGCGUCAAUGGUCCUAUUUCCGUGAACGAAUCGGUCACCGAUCAGCUUCAGGUGAUUCGGAGCUUGACAGAAGCGAACAGUGGGAAAUUUUUGUCACAUCACGGAAACCAUGAUGAGUGGUUUUAGUCCAGAAGUCGACUGGGUCUACCUAGAUAGAAUAUUAG